AUGCUACAACCUCCGACUGCGCCCAACUCACGCCCGCUGAGUAUCAUGACGACGGGGACUUCGGCGACACAGGCGGACAAGACGGGGGAGACGUGGAAGAUGAGCGUCAACGAAGACAACUGCUGGGAAGACCUGAUCUUGACCCUAGAUGGCGGCGGCAUUCGAGGCUACUCCAGCCUACUCAUCCUCAAGCAACUCAUGCACGAAGUCGCCGAAUGCGAGCGCCGAUUACAAAGGGACGAAGGGCCCGUCGCAGGCAGCACACGGCAGAAGUUCGACGAGAACGAGCUCCUACCAUGCCACUAUUUCGACUACAUGUACGGCACAAGCACGGGCGGUUUGAUAUCGGUCAUGUUGGCGCGACUUCGCAUGACUGUACCGCAGUGUUUGGAUAUCUACCGACGCGUUGGUCACGACCUGUUCGGCCACAGGAGGAACAUUUUACCGCUGGCCACCAAAUACCACCAUAAGCCGCUGGAGAAUGCUGUUCGGGAGAUUGUUGCAGAAUUCUGUAAGAACCAUGAAGACUGCGAUGGGGAUGACUGGCAUCCAUGGAGCCCUGAAGAUGAUGAGCCAGUCGCAGCGCCAGCCAAAACACCAGAGAGCUCGUUGGCGAACUCAUCGAUGUGGUCCGCGACUGUAACCAAGCCCAAGAAGCCAACGGAGCGGAUGUGUCAGUCUAUCUGCCUCACGGCAACCCACUCUGGCCAGAUUGGCGAAGCCUACCUGCUUCGAUCCUACAACCACACCUACGACCAGAACACUUUCCCACCAUGGGCCUUGACAUACAACCAGGGCGCAGACAAGCUGAAGAUAUGGCAGGUCACUCGAGCCACCUCAGCAGCGCCAUUCUACUUCGACAUGCUCGUGGCAGACAUUAAGAAUGAACGAACGGGCUACAAAUAUGAAAAGGUUGGCUUCAAGGAUGGCGGAAUUCGCGAAAACAAUCCUUCAUUUGCGGCAUACAGCGAACAUGGUUCUAUGCACGGGGACGACUCUGAACCAGGACUUCUUUUAUCAAUAGGUACAGGCCGGCCAAAUACCGAGAACGACGGUUUUGCUGCGAUAUGGCCGGGCCCUCUGGGGAAAGUCAAGCUUCUUCAGAAGUGGAGCGAAAAGUUUGCAGUCUUCAAGAAUGUGCUCUAUACAACCAGGGGUGAGCAUCGGUGGUACAAGCGACUAAACGUCGACAAAGGCCUGCAAGAUCUCAAGCUCGACAAUUGGGAGAAGGGCUCAUGGACAAACCCCCAAACUGGCAAGACAGAAGUCGUCAACGGAGGCCGAACACUCUCGCGUAUGGAAGCAGCUACAGAUGCAUACCUCUCCAGGAGUCACGUGGAGAGUCCUGGCGGCUUCAAAGAAUACCAGCCACCUAAGAUCGUCCUGCAGCAGGUGGCUGAGCGCCUGGUCCGACACCGCCGGCUGCGCGAGGCAACCAAGGCAGACAACUUGAUGCGCUGGCAGACACACAUGGGCCAGUGGCUCACUGGCGAGCUCAAGCCGGAGGAUGCCAUGGUUGCCCACCCUGAGCGCAAGGAGAAGAAAGCAUCACGAAACAAGGAUGCCAAGUCGCGAUCACGGCCUGCGACGCCUCCACGGACCUGA